AUGAUUUGUGCCGCUUGUCCUCUCAACCAAACAACCUGCCAUCUGUCUGUCACAUGUUCCAAAAACAACCAAUGUCCAACUGCCCCAAUAUCUUUUCUCGCAAGAUAACCAACCAAAGAGACACUCUCACCAGACCAAUAGCCCACCAGCCAAUUACGUCGGCUCAUCCAACAUCGUAGAUCCAAAACCAAUAAUAGUCGCAUACCAAAGCACCAGUAGUUAUCCGAGGGAGGACUCAACUAGUACUUUGGAUCAUAAAGAACACAUUCAGUGAGCAGCAAGUAUUUUUGUUGGUAUCACUGCGUAAUGUCCCGUGAAAACUCGAUCAUUUGCACAGCCUGUUUUGGUUUAGGUUUAACAUGGAGCACACAUACAUUCUCUUUACCUUUUCUCCCUGGUUGAAAAUUUUCAACCAAUUUUCAACCAAUUCUCAACUCUACCUCAAAAUUUCGGCCAUGACAACUGCCCUCAAGCACUCCCUCCCUUUCCACUACUGACAUGGCAGACCCGAUAGCCGCGGCGGCCAAUAGACCAACCACACUCGCCAUUGAACCAGAACCAAUCAUUACUUUGCAUUCGCUGUGUGGAUUUAAGAAUGCACUUUUCAAAGGACCUCGCUUCAUCGACACGCAAAACGAUUUUGGUUAUCGCUCACACCGUGUGGACGUGCCAAGACUCACCACGCGUGGCAACAAUGUGAUAAUGUUUGCAAUUACUUACGAUCCCUCUCAGCACCCUAUGGAGUGGGGAUUUGACCAGCGUUCUGCGUCCAUCCAAAUCACGGAAGAGUUUAUACACGGGUGGGACUUCCGUUCGACCUUCAAAGCUUUGCUGUCUCGUUCCGGCAUGCAAGUGCCACCUGGAGUGCGGUUGUUUGACUAUGAAUCACGAAGCCUUCGCACUCAUUUGGCUAUUGCCCAAAUGAAUUUCCAUGUUGCAUACCAACUGGCACGAUUUUGCGACAACCUCAUUGCCAACUUACACCCCGCGGAUGCCACUGUGGAAGAAUGGCAAGUCCUUAAACAGUUGCGCUUGCAGGAGAACAUGGUUGGGCAAAUGCACGACCCCGUUACCCUUCCCACUGCAAAAGGGGUUGUCCACACUUUUAAUGCCAAAGAGCACAUACCAGGCCGUCGCAAAGUCUACAGUCUGGACACGUCUUUCGGACCGUGUGUCCCUUCGGAACAACACCACCCUCUUGCCGCCAGCAUGCGCCUGGUGCUCAACACAUUCUCGCAUUGGACGUACGAUGUCAGUGGUGAGGAGACGUUCAUAUGUGGCUUCCAAGGUGUUGGACCAGUUGUUACCGAGGCAGUUGUGCAUGACAAGACAUGGGGGAGCCGGAUCCACAGCAAUCUUGGUGGCUCGGCCGUCCGAAGAUUUCCGGAAGAACAUGAGUGUUGUAAAUUCUGUGUUAAAGCGUGAUGUUUUCGCUCGUUAUAACUCAAACCUGAAAAAACCUGAUACCGGUUCAACAUUACAAAAUAGUAGCAAACUAUACUGAGAAUUACAUGUUGUGACUGAAAUGAAAAUUCACAGUCACAGUCAAAAUC